GGGCCCUUGCGCUAUUAUCAGGCAGUUAGGACCAAUUACCGACACAGUCAGGCUACUGCUUCGGUCCGGAGCGGAGCUUGGCGAGCGGCUGCUGGGCGGCUCGACCCUCCUCGCAGCCCUAGGCUGCCCACAAUGGCAACCUACAGCACCUCACACCGACCCAUCAAGGGAAUCCUGAAAAAUAAAGGUUCGACGACCACCUCGGUAGGGGCUUCUACCCAGCAGUCCGGAGGAGCCACCCAAGUGAUCAAGAGGAAGAAGUCUCAGAGGUGGGAUGAAUCCAACAUCCUUGCGACUCACCGCUCAUCAUACAGAGAUUAUGACUUGGUGAAGGCAAAUGAACCAGGCACUGCCUAUGUCGGUGUACAAGAUACUGGGGAAGAUACUGUGAGAGAUGUUGAAGCCAAAGUUAUGACCCCCGAUAUGUUAGCUAAGAAAUUAGCUGCCACUGACACUUUCGGAACCAAGAGAUCAGUGGAGAAUGAAGAGAGCGGCAUGGCACGUACCAGCCAGUUCCUUCUCAAUAAACAAGAAAAGCAGCGACAAUUUGAGAUGAAGAGAAAGCUUCACUACAAUGAAGGUUUCAACAUCAAGUUUGCUAGACAGCUACUCACUGAAGACCUACAGGAUGAAUUGGAUGAAGAUGAGAACCAAGAACAUCUAACUAAAGAAAACACCAUUGCUGAAUUUCCUGCAGGUGAAGAUGAUCUGAAGACCCAGUCAUGCAAUGCUUAGAAACUAUCUGUUGCUGUAAUCUGUUGGUCACAUAAAUACAUACCAUGUUACCAACCA